CUGCUGCAGACCCAGCAGAGUGGGAGAUAACUAGAUAACUGUCUCCACCCCCUCCAAAAAAAUUCCUCAAGCUCAGUAUCCUGGCCUUAGGAAGAGGGUCCAGCACGUUUAAUUUACUCUCCUCAAACAGGGAUCAUGUCUGCAGCACUGUCUCCAAAUGAGAAGAAAAAUGGGCUGCUGCUUUGCCACUUUUAAGCAAUGACAGUCUUGGUGUUCCUGUCUUCCAGUUCUGUACCCCUGGGAUAACUGGGAUGUGCUGAAUAGUGAUUGGCUGUGGAUAAUUCCCCUUGUCUUAACCAGCAAGUGCUUGGGACACAGUUGUGUCUUAAGUGACUCUCGUGCCUCUGGGAGAAGCAGCCAGCAGCAGGUCUCCUGAGCUUCGACUCUCAUGUUCAUAACGAGCUUCUGACCUGAUGCAUCCAGUGCCCUGGGUAGAAAAGCAAUUCCAGGCUCUUCCCGGGAGAGAAGCUCUGACGAAGCCCGGCCGCGGGGAAGUCGAAAGGCAACUUUUAAUGUUUUGAUGCGAAGGAAGUUGGGCGAGCUCCUCCUCGGGUGAGAUCCCGGGCUCCGGGACGCGUCGGCUCCAAGAGGCUUCUCCGCGUCUCCCUCUGGUCCCGCCGGGAGCGCCGUGUCUGGCUGGCAGCUGGGAACAGGAGAAGUUGGCUGCUGUUUUCCGCCGCCUGAUUUCCACCAGAAGAAGAAUGCCAACACGAAUAUGAAGUGAAGUGACUCCUAUGCUCUGCCACGGCGCCCGGAUGCUCCUGUGGGCGGGUUAGAGACGGGCACCCGCCUCCGGCCAGAUCCUGGGACAGGAUGAAGCCAAGGAGGAGCUUCCCAGCGCUCUGGAGUGGCAGUGAGCGCUGCCCCCUGUGAGAUCCAUGCCAGACCGUGCCCCGGCUGCCUGGCGAGAUGAAAGAGGUGGUGCUGUGGUCGCCCGAGGAGGUGACCGGCUGGCUGAUGGAGAAUGCGGUGCCCGAGUACUGCGAGCCCCUGAGGGGCUUCACCGGGCGGGACCUCAUCAACCUGACGGAGGAGGACUUUAAGAGGACGCCUCUGUCCCGGGUGUCUUCCGACAGCGGCCAGCGGCUUUUGCACAUGAUCGAGACUUUGAAAAUGGCUCACCACAUGGAGGCUCACAAGAACGGCCACGCCAACGGGCACGUCCGCGGCGGCGGCGAGAACGGCUUCGGCAGCAAGGCGAAGCUCAACGGGGUGCCAAACGGGUUCAAGAAGGAGAUGAUAAAGAUCCCCAUGCCAGAGCCGGAGCGCUCGCAGUACCCCAUGGAGUGGGGCAAGACUUUCCUGGCUUUUAUUUAUGCACUUUCUUGUUUCGUCUUUACCACAGUGACUAUCUCAGUCGUCCAUGAACGAGUGCCUCCCAAGGAGGUGCAGCCUCCCCUCCCAGAUGCAUUUUUUGAUCGCUUUGAUCGGGUGCAAUGGGCUUUUUCUAUUUGUGAAAUCAACGGCAUGAUCCUUGUAGGACUGUGGUUUGUUCAGUGGCUGCUCUUAAAGUACAAGUCUAUAAUUAGCAGAAGAUUUUUCUGUAUAGUUGGCACACUAUACCUGUACCGGUGUAUUACGAUGUAUGUGACCACGCUCCCAGUACCUGGAAUGCAUUUCAAGUGUUCUCCAAAGCUUUUUGGAGACUGGGAAUCUCACCUGCGAAGGAUAAUGAAGUUGAUUGCUGGUGGAGGAUUGUCCAUCACCGGAUCCCACAACAUGUGUGGUGACUACCUGUACAGCGGCCACACCGUCAUCCUCACCCUCACCUACCUGUUCAUCAAAGAGUAUUCCCCACGGCGACUCUGGUGGUAUCACUGGCUUUGCUGGGCACUCAGCAUGGUCGGGAUGUUCUGCAUCCUCCUUGCUCAUGACCACUACACUGUGGACGUGGUGGUGGCUUACUACAUCACUACAAGGCUAUUCUGGUGGUACCACACAAUGGCCAACCAGCAAGUGCUAAAAGAAGCUUCCCAAACUAACCUCCUCGCAAGGGUCUGGUGGUACAAGCCCUUCCAGUACUUUGAAAAGAAUGUCCAAGGCAUUGUACCUCGCUCCUACCACUGGCCCUUGCCCUGGCCGGCGCUGCGGCGGGGCCGGCCGGUGAAGUACAGCCGCCUGGCCAGCGACACGUGACGGCCGGUGCCGGGGGAAAGGACCUGGCCCAAGUGCUCACAACUCCCUGAGAGAAGAUGCCAUAAGAAAAAAAAAAAAAAAAUUAUAUUAAAAAAAAAUCAACUGCUCCCUAACCCCCUCUCUUUUAACAGCUCCCCUCGACUCGACCCAUUCAGUUACCUGGUAAGCACUGUGAUCUUUUUUUUUUCCUCUCCAAAGGAUCUCUGCGUUGGACAAACAAUAAAGAAAAAUUUAACUUAU